AUGAACCAAUUCACUGGAACGCUGCCAAUUUCAUUGUCCAAUGCUUCAAGUCUCGAAUUAGUUGAUUUUAGCUCCAACAGUUUUCGUGGACAUGUGCCUUUGAAUCUAGGAAGUCUUUCGGGUCUCUACCUUUUCAAUAUAGAGAAAAAUCAGCUUGGAAGCAGAGAAGGUGAUGACCUGAGCUUCCUCACUUCACUGACCAACUGCACCAAUUUAAAAGUCCUAUCUGUUUAUUUUAAUAAUCUCUCUGGUGAGUUGCCCGGCUCCAUUGCUAAUCUCUCGACACAGCUAGAGAUUCUGUUUCUACGAGACAACGAGAUAUUUGGAACUAUUCCCCAAGGAAUUGAGAAUCUUGUCAGCUUGUAUGCUCUGCAUCUGGGAGAGAAUUCCAUGAAGGGUACUCUUCCAGAUGCUAUUGGGAAGCUUAACAAGUUGCAAGCCUUGAAUCUCCGUCGAAAUAAAUUUUCAGGGCAAAUCCCACCUUCAAUUGGCAACAUCACUCGAUUGAGUAUUCUCCUCUUGGAUGGAAAUGAUUUCCAUGGAAGCAUACCGUCGAGUUUUGGAAAUUGGGGAUUUUUGGAACAACCGUUCAUUUCUCAAAACAAAUUCAAUGGUACCAUACUCAAACAAGUUGGCGCAGUUAAAAUCAACAUAUCUGGUAACUCAUUCACUGGGAAUCUCCUGCUGGAAGUUGAUAACUUGGAAAAUAUUAGUGAAAUGGACGCCUCAGAGAACAAUCUAUCAGGUGAAAUUCCAGAUACGUUGGGAAAGUGUCAGAGCCUGGAGUUGCUUUAUAUGCAUGGCAACUUGCUUCAAGGAACCAUUCCAGAGUCUCUAAGGAAUUUAAAAGGCAUCGAAGAGUUAGAUCUUUCGCGAAAUAACUUGUCUGGGCAGAUUCCAAAGUAUUUGGAAGAAUUUCAUUUCUUACAAUAUUUGAAUUUGUCAUUCAAUAAUUUCGACGGUGAUGUGCCUAAAAGAGGAAUCUUUAGAAAUGCCAGCACAAUUUCAGUUGUCGGAAACAGCAAACUCUGUGGAGACUAUGGCUACAGUAACAAUAAAUGCUUCUGUUGA